CAAGUGUCAAGUGAGGGGUCGUUAGCAGCCGCAGUAAGCGCGCGGCCCGCCGACCGAACGCACGCGCGACCAUGCGCAGCGACCCAGUCCCGCGAGUGUACUCCACGCUUUAUCUCAACAUUGUGAAGUGAUACACAGUACACAUACGGAUUGCGAACGCUCAUCUUCUUAGGAUACAUAGCACGAAAAAAAUAAAACAUGGCGACGUCGGGAGGGAAGAGGCGCGAGGAGGGUAGCGACAACUCCGACGAUGAGCUUACACCGCUCGCCAAUGAAAUCUACGGUGGAAGCCAAAGGACAGUACAAGAAACGAAAGGAUGGGACGUGUUCCGGGAGUUCCCGCCGAAGCAGGACAGUGGGUCUAUGGAAACCCAGAAAUGUUUGGAAUUCACGGUGCGGUUGUUUAAGGUGAUGGCAUAUCUAGUCGUGUUCAUCGCCGUCCUCGGGUCCGGAGUCGUCGCAAAGGGCACCACGCUUUUUAUGACCUCACAGCUGAAGAAGGACAGGCGAAUUGCGUAUUGUAAUAGGAAUUUAGGUAGGGAUAAACAAUUUAUAGUAAGUCUGCCAGAUGAAGAGCGAGUGGCGUGGAUGUGGGCGAUCCUGGCAGCGUUUGCCAUCCCAGAAAUAGGAACACUCAUUCGUUCAGUAAGGAUAUGUUUCUUCAAAACUUCUAGAAGACCAACGAGCACGCAGUUUAUUGUGAUAUUCAUAGCGGAAUCGCUGCACACGAUAGGAAUGGGUCUUCUAUUCUUCUUGAUUCUGCCAGAACUGGACGUGGUGAAGGGAGCCAUGAUAACCAACUGUCUGUGCAUCAUUCCUGCGAUACUUGGCUUGCUUUCACGUAACUCGCGAGACUCCAAGCGGUUCAUGAAAGUCAUUGUGGAUAUGGCGGCGAUAGUUGCUCAAGUCACCGGGUUCAUAGUAUGGCCACUUUUGGAGAACAAGCCCGUUUUGUGGUUGAUACCAGUUUCAUCGUUAUGCAUUUCUCUGGGAUGGUGGGAGAACUACGUCACACGUCAAAGCCCCAUAGGUAAACCGAAGAACGAUCGAGGUUUAAAUGUUAUCCAUUACUCGGAGAAUAUCAUACUAACACGUAAUUUUUUCCAUCCAGGUAUAAUCAAAAGUUUAGGCAGACUGAAGGACGAAUUGAUUUUCACCCGGUACUACACAUAUCGCUUCAUAUCUGUAUGGAAAAUCAUGUUGUUCCUCAUGUGCAUCCUCUUCAGUAUAUGGAUAGAUGGAGACGAGCCUGCCAUGUUCUUCCAACUGUUCAAUACAGGUUUUGGACCUCACAGCAUCGUUGUGGAAGAGGUACAAAUCCAACUAGGUGGCACCGUCAUUCCUGAUCUGGCUAAUGUAACGCUAACCGGAGAUUCGGUAGAAGUGGCAGCUGCAUACAAAUCGGCAUUCUACGUGAUGCUCAUCCAAAUAUUUGCAGCGUACAUCUGUUAUAUAUUUGGAAAGUUCGCGUGCAAGAUUCUCAUCCAAGGCUUCAGUUAUGCGUUCCCUAUCAAUCUCGUCAUUCCGUUGGUCGUCAACUUGUUGAUUGCUGCAUGUGGUAUUAGAAAUGGCGACAAUUGUUACUUCCAUGGAACAGUUCCAGAUUAUCUUUACUUCGAAAGUCCACCCGUGUUUACACUCAGCGAUUUCAUAUCUCGUCAAAUGGCUUGGAUAUGGUUACUCUGGCUGCUGUCGCAAACGUGGAUAACUAUACACAUCUGGACACCUAAAGCUGAACGUUUGGCCUCAACGGAGAAGUUAUUCGUCAUGCCGAUGUACAAUGGUUUAUUGAUAGAUCAAAGCAUGGCUCUGAAUAGAAAGAGAAACGACCAGAGAGAUGUUAAGACUGAGGACCUCGCAGAAAUAGAAAAAGAAAAAGGCGACGAAUACUACGAAACUAUAUCUGUUCACACUGACAACACCGGUUCUUCUCCAAAAGCUAUCAAAUCGUCGGAUCAGAUCACCAGGAUUUACGCAUGCGCUACUAUGUGGCACGAAACUAAAGACGAGAUGAUGGAGUUCUUGAAGUCUAUCCUUCGGUUGGAUGAGGAUCAGUGCGCUCGGCGAGUCGCUCAAAAGUACUUGCGAGUUGUUGACCCCGAUUACUACGAAUUCGAAACGCACAUUUUCUUGGACGACGCAUUCGAAAUAUCAGAUCACAGUGAUGACGACUCCCAAGUGAAUCGAUUCGUGAAACUUCUUGUGGACACUAUCGACGAAGCGGCUUCGGAAGUGCAUCAGACGAACAUACGUAUUCGCCCGCCGAAGAGGUUACCAGCGCCUUAUGGUGGACGACUGACAUGGGUGCUGCCAGGAAAGACGAAGAUGAUCUGUCACUUGAAGGACAAGGCUAAGAUCCGUCACAGAAAGCGUUGGUCUCAGGUGAUGUACAUGUACUACCUUCUUGGUCACCGUCUAAUGGAACUGCCGAUAUCAGUGGACCGUAAAGAAGUAAUGGCUGAGAACACCUACCUGCUGACCCUGGACGGAGACAUCGAUUUUCAACCUCACGCUGUACGACUGCUUAUCGAUUUGAUGAAGAAGAACAAGAAUCUGGGAGCUGCGUGCGGACGUAUUCAUCCUGUCGGAUCAGGUCCCAUGGUGUGGUAUCAAAUGUUCGAGUACGCUAUUGGUCAUUGGCUGCAAAAGGCGACGGAACACAUGAUCGGCUGCGUACUCUGUAGUCCUGGAUGCUUCUCUCUGUUCAGAGGAAAGGCUUUGAUGGACGACAACGUCAUGAAGAAAUACACUCUACGGUCUGAUGAAGCUCGGCAUUAUGUGCAGUACGAUCAAGGGGAAGAUCGUUGGUUAUGUACGCUACUUCUCCAACGUGGCUAUCGUGUAGAAUACUCAGCUGCCUCCGAUGCCUACACUCACUGUCCCGAAGGUUUCAACGAGUUCUACAACCAACGUCGUCGCUGGGUGCCUUCCACCAUCGCCAACAUUAUGGACUUGCUCGCCGAUUGUAAACACACCAUCAAGAUUAACGAUAACAUUUCGAGUCCCUACAUCGCAUACCAGAUGAUGUUGAUGGGUGGCACGAUCUUGGGCCCUGGUACUAUAUUUCUUAUGUUGGUGGGUGCCUUCGUGGCUGCUUUCCGAAUCGACAACUGGACUUCCUUCGAAUACAAUUUGUAUCCCAUAUUGAUCUUCAUGUUUGUCUGCUUCACGAUGAAAUCCGAAAUUCAACUACUGGUGGCUCAGAUACUGUCGACGGCAUAUGCUAUGAUAAUGAUGGCUGUGAUCGUCGGUACAGCUCUCCAGUUAGGCGAGGACGGCAUAGGAUCUCCUUCGGCUAUAUUCUUGAUAUCACUCUCAAGUUCGUUCUUCAUAGCCGCUUGCUUGCAUCCGCAGGAAUUCUGGUGUAUCGUACCGGGCAUCAUCUAUCUUUUGUCUAUACCCUCUAUGUACUUGCUUUUGAUUUUGUAUUCGAUUAUAAAUCUUAACGUAGUAUCAUGGGGUACUCGAGAAGUGCAAGUUAAAAAGACUAAGAAGGAAAUCGAAGCAGAGAAAAAAGAAGCUGAACUUGCGAAGAAAUCUGCAAAACAGAAAUCGCUGCUAGGUUUCCUUCAAGGAGUGAAUAGCAAUGAAGAAGAAGGCUCUAUCGAAUUCUCAUUUGCUGGGUUAUUCAAGUGUCUGUUAUGUACGCAUCCCAAAGGAAACGAGGAGAAAGUGCAACUGUUGCAUAUUGCGUCCACACUUGAGAAAUUGGAAAAGAAAUUAGAUUCUGUUGAAAGGGCUGUUGAUCCACAUGGCAUGAGCAGAGGACGUAAACUCUCGGUUGGGCCCAGAGGUAGCACAACUGGAGACCAUGGCUUAGACGCUUUGGACGAAAGACCAGAAGAAGAAAACGAUUCAGAUUCCGAAACCGAUACUCUUUCUACUGUACCCAGAGAAAAGAGAGAUGAUCUCAUAAACCCAUAUUGGAUAGAGGAUCCCGAAUUGAAAAAGGGUGAAGUAGACUUUUUGAGUCCCGCCGAAUUAUCCUUCUGGAAAGAUCUCAUUGACAAAUAUUUGUACCCUAUUGAUGCUAACAAGGAAGAACAGGCCCGUAUAUCCAAGGAUCUGAAAGAAUUGAGAGAUUCGUCUGUUUUUUCUUUCUUUAUGGUCAAUGCCCUCUUUGUAUUGAUUGUAUUCUUGCUACAACUGAACAAGGACAACCUUCACUUUAAGUGGCCCUUCGGAGUUAAAACUAACAUUACAUACGAUGAGGUUACUCAAGAGGUUUUAAUUUCAAAAGAAUAUCUGCAACUUGAGCCAAUUGGUUUAGUGUUCGUGUUCUUCUUCGCCUUGAUUCUGGUGAUCCAGUUCUCAGCUAUGUUGUUCCAUCGAUUUGGAACCCUCUCGCACAUCUUAGCGUCUACAGAACUGAAUUGGUUCUGUUCGAAGAAGUCCGAUGACUUAUCUCAAGACGCUCUCCUAGAUAAGAAUGCAAUAGCAAUAGUGAAAGAUCUGCAGAAACUGAAUGGUCUGGACGACGAUUAUGACAACGACUCGGGCUCGGGUCCACAUAACGUCGGCAGAAGAAAGACUAUUCAUAAUUUGGAGAAGGCCAGACAGAAGAAGAGGAACAUAGGCACACUGGAUGUCGCUUUCAAGAAGAGAUUCUUCAACAUGAAUGCUAAUGAUGGACCAGGUACACCAGUACUGAACCGCAAGAUGACAUUGCGACGUGAGACCUUGAAGGCUUUGGAGACGAGGAGAAACUCCGUGAUGGCUGAACGAAGGAAAUCGCAAAUGCAGACACUUGGUGCCAAUAACGAAUAUGGAGUCACUGGAAUGCUCAAUAAUAACCAUGGUGUCGUGCCUCGGCACAGAACAUCAACUGCCAACAUAUCGGUGAAGGAUGUCUUUGGCGAACCCAACGGUGGUCAAGUCAAUCGAGGAUACGAAACCACACUGGGCGACGAAGACGACAACAACUCAAUGAGAUUACAGCCUAGACAAAAUCAAGUUUCCUUCCAGGGUAGAUUUUAAAUGAGAGUUGCCAAACUAUUCAAAAGUGCCUAGGUUUAAACAAAUGUAGAUAUUAGAAAUAUAGACUGUAGUAAUAUUAUUAAAUUGAAAAACUCAGCAAAUGUGUGUGAGUAAUGUAUUGCUUGUGAUAUAAACUUUUUUAAGGUUUGUGACAGCGGAAAGUGCGGUCAUAAAACACCCACAUUGGACAAUUUACAGCUUUAUUUUAAGAUAAAACAUACGAAUUUACACUGCCACUUAACUUUACAUUUAUUGAACUUUUUAUACCUAUUAAAAUAAUAUCUUUGCAAUGAAGAUUUUUAUGAAUAUAGACUUCGAAUUAGUGUUGUAUGUAUUAAAUGAGAUUAAAUUAA